CACACAGCGGUAGGCGAAAUGCGCCGCCCUUCGUAUUCCUGGUGUUUCUUUACCUGCUCAGAUCCCCCGCCUUCAUUUCUUCCGUCUUUGAGUAUUUGAGUGUCGCUCUCAUCGAUGAUUUCAUAUUCUGCAGACCACACCAUAACUUCCGGCCAAUGCCGCUACAUAAAUCGCUUUUUCGGUACGGCCAUCUUUAUUUCAAGCGACCAAAGGGUUUAACCUCGAGAUUCAUAACUCAAGCAGCCAUGGAGAAGGGCUGCGUGGAUCCAGAUCCUUUAGAGGAAGGCCUCGGCUUCAUCCUUUAUGCGAUCACUUGGUGGGUCGUGCAGAUAGGCAUGGUACGAAUGGUUGCGACGACUCCGACUUGUCAACCCGAACCUGAGAUCGAGAUGUUCGGUUCUACCGAUGCUGGUAGCAUCAGCAACGUAGAUGACGACAUGGUGGAGGGUAUCGCGGGCAAUGAGCAGACCGUUGAGAAAGCAACCAUAGCAAAGCCUUCUCUGAUGAAGCCUACUCCCGAAGAAAAGCUGGCAUCAGAAACAUUGGCAUCGGAAACGCUUCCAUCUACGACAACAACGAGGUCACCAACGGAAUCAAUGGAACCAACACCGACAUCAGAGUCUCAUAUACCGCCAAAACCUCAAAAGGUCAUUUUGCGGCCAAAGAGGUUCAAAAGACGCACUGAAGUACAGGUUGACCUAAAUGCUACUUUCACACUAGCCGAGAAUGCCAUUUUGGAGCGCUUUUUGGAAGCUUUGAGGACUGAAAGAACCACACUUUUCAUGAGCCUGGGUUUCGUUUUGCCAACUAUUCUAGCUACUCUUGUCUCAAUUUCUUCUGAAGGUCCAUCUAGCCAGACAGCAACCGAGGAAGCAGACGCGACACGAGAUGCCACAACCCUCAUCAGAAUCAGCGGCUUAACCAAGUGGAAACAUAUAUGCUCUUUUCAUAAUGUCAUGAUCCAAAAUCCGAAUCUUUUCGCCCCGCUCGAGUUGUGUUAUCAUAAGGAGAAAAUCCGUCGCAUUGCGCGCGAAGCCUCCUGCGCGAUCCGCCAUCCGGCACAAACGCGGACGCUCUGCGGAUGUCCCAUUGUCGUUCAGACACCUGAUCUGGGUCAGCGGACGUCGACCAUUGGCGGCCUACUCACUGUCAAGAGUAAUUUUUAUGCUCUUACGACGAGCCAUGUGCCCGAUGACGAGGAUGAAUUCCCUGACGAAGUCGACUAUGAUAGCGAUUCCGACGAGUCUUCGCUAUUCUUUUAUGAUAAUGAUGCUGACUCUGACUACCAUAACUCGGGAUCAGUCACUCUUUCUGCAUCAGAAGAUUAUACAAACGAGAAGAGCAAAACCGCGGCACAGGUUCCGGAGACCGAGUCGCCAGAUGCAAAUACUACCAAGGGCGCAGCAAAAACAGCGGAAGAUGAUGCCUUGGGAAUCUCACCAGAAGGACCAGGUUCUGACACAGCUGGUUUCGAACAAUAUCCUGAGAAAUUAGGGGCGGAAGAACCAAGUCACACCCCAUUAGAAGACUUGUCUAGAAAGAGGGGGUACCUCAUCAACCCGAUCGAAGCAACCGAACUCCGGAGCGGGGACGAUUGGCUACUUGUGCCUGUGGGAACAGAUUUCCUUUUCCCAAAUAGAAUACCGGAAGGCUCAGAGAGACCAUCCACAUGGCAAACUCCGUUCAUCGAAGGCUUCUGGCCUGAUUUGGGUAAACUGUUCAUAGACCAUGAUCAACCGCACGAACCCCCGUCCCGCCAAACAGUACCCCAAUCUCGAGUACCGCUCGAGAGACGGCGAAGACAAUGUUCAAGGGUAUGGGCAUUAUCUGCAAUGCACGGUUUGGUGCGCAGCAAUCUUUCCCCAAACCCGUCGUUCAUGCUUUCCGGUGGCGGCGAGAGGGUUUCAAAAGUCUGGACAGUUGAAGCAGAGGCCCAUAGUCAAGGCUUCCAAGCAGGAGAUUCAGGCUCCUGGAUCGUCGAUGACAGAUCGAGGCGCGUACUGGGCAUCUUGGUGGCCCGGGUUGGCGGCGUCGGAUACAUGGUUUCCUUUGCUGGAGUCCGACAGAACAUCGCCUCCACGCUUAGAAUAAGGCCGACAUCAAUACAGUUGGCUUCCAGAUUGGAUCCUCGACUACGCGGCCGUAGUGGCGGACAGGUUCUCCGGUCUUCGUCCCCAUUUAGACGACAACCCGAGCCGGACACGCGAUCUUGGGGCCAAUGGCUCUCUGAUGGCUGGGCGGCGAUCCUGGACGUCGUGCUACAUCCCAUAAACCUCGGCUACAAAGCCAUGUUACUUGUCUUGGCUACUGCGAUGGCAUACUUGUAUCUUCUUUGGAGGUUUCCAGUCGCGUUGGAGACUUUAACCUCCCUGCAGCUGGCGCUUCUGCCACCAGCCUUGGUCCUGUUCUUUUGGGCGCUGUCAGAGCUAGAAACACGUCCUGGAACAGCGAACCGUACUCCGGAGGAAAGGCUUCUCCUGCGAAGGAACAUAUACACGUGGGCUUGGAUCUCAUUUGUGGCGGGCAUUUUGGUUGGUUUUGGGAUUUAUCUCGUGAGACCCCCGGUCCUAGACCGUCCUCCGAGAUCCCCAGAGAUGGCCUUGAGGGAGUGGAACAAGUUGCUUGAUAGCCUGAACGAGAUUGAUGUUCAAGGCUCAUACGAUUCUCUGAUGAGAGACCUGCAAGAUCUGCAGUGGGCGUUGUUGCGUCUAGAUUUUCGAUUCUUUGUCGCUAAGCUCAAGGCAAUCAUGGUUAAGCUGUUCUUUCCCACGCGGCCAAGAGGAUAUUGA